AGCAGCAGUAACAGUAGUAGUAGUAGUAACUGUAGUAGCAGCAGUAACAGUAGUAACAGCAGUAACAGUAGUAGCAGCAGUAACAGUAGUAGCAGCAGUAACAGUAGUAGCAGCAGUAACAGUAACAGUAGUAGCAGCAGUAACAGUAGUAGCAGCAGUAACAGUAGUAGUAAUAGUAACAGCAGUAACAGUAGUAGCAGCAGUAACAGUAGUAACAGCAGUAACAGUAACAGUAGUAGCAGCAGUAACAGUAGUAGCAGCAGUAACAGUAGCAGUAGUAGCAGCAGUAACAGUAGUAGCAGCAGUAACAGUAGUAGUAGUAGUAACAGCAGUAACAGUAGUAGCAGCAGUAACAGUAACAGUAGUAGCAGCAGUAACAGUAGUAGCAGCAGUAACAGUAGUAGUAGUAGUAACAGCAGUAACAGUAGUAGCAGCAGUAACAGUAACAGUAGUAGUACCAGUACCAGUAAGCACAGCAGUAACAGUAGCAGCAGUAACAGUAGUAGCAGCAGUAACAGUAAUAGCAGGAGUAACAGUAGUAGCAGCAGUAACAGUAGUAGCAGCAGUAACAGUAGUAGUAGUAGUAACUGUAGUAGCAGCAGUAACAGUAGUAACAGCAGUAACAGUAGUAGCAGCAGUAACAGUAGUAGCAGCAGUAACAGUAGUAGCAGCAGUAACAGUAGUAGCAGCAGUAACAGUAGUAGUAGCAGCAGUAACAGUAGUAGCAGCAGUAACAGUAGUAGCAGCAGUAACAGUAGUAGCAGCAGUAACAGUAGUAACAGCAGUAACAGUAACAGUAGUAGCAGCAGUAACAGUAGUAGCAGCAGUAACAGUAGCAGUAGUAGCAGCAGUAACAGUAGUAGCAGCAGUAACAGUAGUAGUAGUAGUAACAGCAGUAACAGUAGUAGCAGCAGUAACAGUAGUAGCAGCAGUAACAGUAGUAGCAGCAGUAACAGUAGUAGUAGUAUAAGCAGUAACAGUAGUAGUAGUAGUAACAGCAGUAACAGUAGUAGCAGCAGUAACAGUAACAGUAGUAGCAGCAGUAACAGUAGUAGCAGCAGUAACAGUAGUAGUAGUAGUAACAGCAGUAACAGUAGUAGCAGCAGUAACAGUAACAGUAGUAACAGCAGUAACAGUAGUAGCAGCAGUAACAGUAGUAGUAGUAGUAACAGCAGUAACAGUAGUAGCAGCAGUAACAGUAGUAGCAGCAGUAACAGUAGCAGUAGUAGCAGCAGUAACAGUAGUAGCAGCAGUAACAGUAACAGUAGUAGCAGCAGUAACAGUAGUAGCAGCAGUAACAGUAGCAGUAGUAGCAGCAGUAACAGUAGUAGCAGCAGUAACAGUAGUAGUAGUAGUAGCAGUAAUAGUAGUAGCAGCAGUAACAGUAAGCAGCAUACUAGUAGUAGUUUUACCAGUAGCAGCAGUAGUAGCAGUACCAGCAGCAGUAGCAGUAAUAACAGCUGUCACAGUAACAGUAGUAGCAGCAGUAACAGUAGUAGCAGCAGUAACAGUAGUAACAGCAGUAACAGUAGCAGCAGCAGUAACAGUAGUAGCAGCAGUAACAGUAGUAGCAGCAGUAACAGUAGCAGCAGUAGCAGCAGUAACAGUAGUAGCAGCAGUAACAGUAGUAGCAGCAGUAACAGUAGCAGUAGUAGCAGCAGUAACAGUAGUAGCAGCAGUAACAGUAACAGUAGUAGCAGCAGUAACAGUAGUAGCAGCAGUAACAGUAGUAGCAGCAGUAACAGUAGUAGCAGCAGUAACAGUAGUAGCAGCAGUAACAGUAGUAACAGCAGUAACAGUAGUAGCAGCAGUAACAGUAGUAGCAGCAGUAACAGUAGUAGCAGCAGUAACAGUAGCAGCAGCAGUAACAGUAGCAGCAGCAGUAACAGUAGUAGCAGCAGUAACAGUAGCAGUAGUAGCAGUAACAGUAGUAGCAGCAGUAACAGUAGUAGCAGCAGUAACAGUAGUAGCAGCAGUAACAGUAGCAGUAGUAGCAGCAGUAACAGUAGCAGCAGCAGUAACAGUAGUAGCAGCAGUAACAGUAGUAGCAGCAGUAACAGUAGCAGUAGUAGCAGCAGUAACAGUAGUAGCAGCAGUAACAGUAGUAGCAGCAGUAACAGUAGCAGCAGCAGUAACAGUAGCAGCAGCAGUAACAGUAGUAGCAGCAGUAACAGUAGCAGCAGCAGUAACAGUAGUAGCAGCAGUAACAGUAGCAGCAGCAGUAACAGUAGCAGCAGCAGUAGCAGUAGUAGCAGCAGUAACAGUAGCAGCAGCAGUAACAGUAGUAGCAGCAGUAACAGUAGCAGCAGCAGUAACAGUAGCAGCAGCAGUAACAGUAGUAGCAGCAGUAACAGUAGUAGCAGCAGUAACAGUAGUAGCAGCAGUAACAGUAGCAGUAGUAGCAGCAGUAACAGUAGUAGCAGCAGUAACAGUAGUAGUAGUAGUAACAGCAGUAACAGUAGUAGCAGCAGUAACAGUAGUAGUAGCAGCAGUAACAGUAGUAGCAGCAGUAACAGUAAUAGUAACAGCAGUAACAGUAGCAGCAGCAGUAACAGUAGUAACAGCAGUAACAGUAACAGUAACAGUAGUAGCAGCAGUAACAGUAGUAGCAGCAGUAACAGUAGCAGUAGUAGCAGCAGUAACAGUAGUAGCAGCAGUAACAGUAGUAGUAGUAGUAACAGCAGUAACAGUAGUAGCAGCAGUAACAGUAGUAGUAGCAGCAGUAACAGUAGUAGCAGCAGUAACAGUAAUAGUAAUAGUAACAGUAACAGUAGUAGUAAUAGUAACAGUAGUAGUAAUAGUAACAGCAGUAACAGUAGUAGCAGCAGUAACAGUAGUAACAGCAGUAACAGUAACAGUAGUAGCAGCAGUAACAGUAGUAGCAGCAGUAACAGUAGCAGUAGUAGCAGCAGUAACAGUAGUAGCAGCAGUAACAGUAGUAGUAGUAGUAACAGCAGUAACAGUAGUAGCAGCAGUAACAGUAGUAGUAGCAGCAGUAACAGUAGUAGCAGCAGUAACAGUAGUAGUAUACCAGCAGCAAGUAGUAGUAGUAGCAGCAGCAGUAACAGUAGUAGUAGUAGCAGUAAAAGUAGUAGUAGUAACAGUUGUAGUAGUAUCAGUAACAGUAGCAGUAGUAGUAGCAGCAGUAAAAGUCAUAGUAGUAGUAGUAGUAGUAGCAGCAGUAACAGUAGUAGUAGUAGUAGCAGCAGUAGCAGCAGUAACAGUAGCGGUAGUAGUAGUAGCAGCAGUAGCAGCAGUAACAGUAGCGGUAGUAGUAGUAGCAGCAGCAGUAAAAGUAGUAGUAGUAGUAGUAGUAGUAGUAGCAGCAGUAAAAGUAGUAGUAGUAGUAGUAGCAGCAGUAACAGUAGUAGUAGUAGUAGCAGCAGUAGCAGCAGUAACAGUAGUGGUAGUAGUAGUAGUAGCAGCAGUAACAGUAGUAGUAGUAGUAGCAGCAGUAGCAGCAGUAACAGUAGUAGUAGUAGUAGCAGCAGUAGCAGCAGUAACAGUAGUGGUAGUAGUAGCAGCAGCAGUAACAGUAGUGGUAGUAGUAGUAGUAGUAGCAGCAGUAAAAGUAGUAGUAGUAGUAGUAGCAGCAGUAACAGUAGUAGUAGUAGUAGCAGCAGUAGCAGCAGUAACAGUAGUGGUAGUAGUAGUAGUAGCAGCAGUAACAGUAGUAGUAGUAGUAGCAGCAGUAGCAGCAGUAACAGUAGUAGUAGUAGUAGCAGCAGUAGCAGCAGUAACAGUAGUGGUAGUAGUAGUAGUAGCAGCAGUAACAGUAGUAGUAGUAGUAGCAGCAGUAACAGUAGUGGUAGUAGUAGUAGCAGCAGUAACAGUAGUGGUAGUAGUAGUAGCAGCAGUAACAGUAGUAGUAGUAGUAGCAGCAGUAGCAGCAGUAACAGUAGUAGUAGUAGUAGUAGUAGUAACAGCAGUAACAGUAGUAGCAGCAGUAACAGUAGUAGUAGCAGCAGUAGCAGCAGUAACAGUAGUGGUAGUAGUAGUAGUAGUAGCAGUAACAGUAGUGGUAGUUGUAGUAGUAGUAGCAGCAGUAAAAGUAGUAGUAGUAGUAGUAGUAGCAGCAGCAGUAACAGUAGUAGUAGUAGUAGUAGUAGUAGUAGCAGCAGUAAAAGUAGUAGUAGCAGUAGUAGUAGUAGUAGUAGCAGCAGUAAAAGUAGUAGUAGUAGUAGUAGUAGCAGCAGUAACAGUAGUAGUAGUAGCAGUCGUACCAGUUGUAGUAGUAGCAGUAGUAGCAGCAGUAACAGUAGUAGUAGUAGCAGUCGUACCAGUUGUAGUAGUAGCAGUAGUAGCAGCAGUAACAGUAGUAGUAGUAGUAGUAGCAGAAGUAAAGGUAGUAGUAGCAGCAGUAACAGUAGUAGUAGCAGUAGUAGCAGCAGUAACAGUAGUAGUAGUAGCAGUCGUACCAGUUGUAGUAGUAGCAGUAGUAGCAGCAGUAACAGUAGUAGUAGUAGUAGUAGCAGCAGUAAAGGUAGUAGUAGUAGCAGCAGUAAAAGUCCUAGUAGUAGUAGCAGCAGUAACUGUAGUAGUAGUAGUAGUAGUAGUAGUAGCAGCAGUAACUGUAGUAGUAGCAGUAGUAACAGUAACAGUAGCAGUAGUAGCAGUCGUACCAGUUGUAGUAGUAGCAGUAGUAGCAGCAGUAACAGUAGUAGUAGUAGCAGUCGUACCAGUUGUAGUAGUAGCAGCAGUAACAGUAGUAGUAGUAGUAGUAGCAGUAAAGGUAGUAGUAAUAGCAGCAGUAACAGUAGUAGUAGUAGCAGUCGUACCAGUUGUAGUAGUAGCAGUAGUAGCAGCAGUAACAGUAGUAGUAGUAGUAGCAGCAGUAAAGGUGGUAGUAGUAGCAGCAGUAAAAGUCCUAGUAGUAGUAGCAGCAGUAGUAGUAGUAGCAGCAGUAACAGUAGUAGUAGUAGUAGUAGUCGCAGUAGUAGUAGCAGCAGUAGUAGCUGUAGCAGCAGUAGUAGCAGUAGU